AUGAUGGAUUUCGUCGAUAUUAACGUUUAUAGCGACGAUGAGGAGGUGCCUCCGUAUAGCUGGUGGCAAGGAGUAAAAACCCGAGUGUUGCGCGAAAAAUUCCGCCGUUUGUUUCUUGUUUCCACGGGAGCUCGCCAGACCACCUGGAAAUCCGUGUUUCCGGCUUUAGAGUCACCUCGGUGCUCUUUCUUUAGGAGGACGAGGCAAGUUUUUUUAAAUAACUUUGAGGACACAAUGUCAAAGGCUUAUAUAAUCACCAUCUUUUUGUUGGCAUGCUCCAUCGCUUUCAUAAUCUUAGCUUCUACAAUUCUCAAAGAAGAAAGUCAAGAAAUUCCAGAAUUCACAAGUGCUUCAUUAGGCAUUGUUGCUAUAGUCACUGGUGUUUUGAUGCUGAUCAGUUUUAUCUGCGGCUAUCAUGUUUUUGUUGGUAUCCUUAUCAUUCUACAAAUCUCAGCUCUAGCGGCUACUAUUCAAAACAAUGCCUACAUUUAUACUUCUGUCAAAACUGUGUUUGAUGAUUAUGUCCACGAUCCGCAAAACGAGAAAUAUAAAAAAAUUGUUGAUUCUGCUCAGCAAGCUUUUGAAUGUUGUGGAGUUGAAGGUCCACAGGACUGGAUUUCUUCUGGUUUCAAGGAGUAUCCCGCUAGUUGUUACGAACUGGGCUCGACUGACCAAGCAAUAUACUGUCGGGGAUGCGUAUCUAGUAUUAGAGAAAUAAUGAUGCCAAAAUUCGUCGCCCUUGGUGUAACAGCAGUUAUAUCAGCAAUAUUGGAGGGUCUUGAUGUCAUUUAUUUUUACAUCUUAAAGAAGGGCGAUUCUUCAGAAUCGCGAAGAUUACUUGGCUAA